UAUUGGUGAUUUAAACCCCAGGUUAGCUAUACGCAGCAGCCAAUGCACUCUAUGCUCUCUUGUUUCCAUACAUGGUGAAAACAGGCAUGAGCCGUUAAUAUAGUUGACUAGACAUUUGGGAAAAUCAUGUACUUAUCUAGUUAUCUGUGUCUAUCCUUCUUUGUUACUUUUCUUCAUUCUUCUUUGCGCAUUGUGUGUCUCUGUUGGUUUGGUCGACUUCAUCAUAGGUCUCACAUGCAUUAAUUUGUGGGGUCCAUAUACAUCAACCAAUUCCUUACACAUCCGAAUUAGAAUAUGUAUUUUUCGCACUUGUGUCCGUAACAUUUCUCGUCUGCACUAAUAUUUUUCCUAUCUAACUGGGGAUAUCAUUAGGCAAGAAUCGAACCAACUAAGCAGUAUAACCACUUCAACAAUCACAACCACCUUUUUUCACAACUUGUAAAUUAGCCUAGCUAAGCCCCUUCAAAUUUUAAAAGAUCAAUCAUCCCUAAUUCGUCACCACUGACGUCAUGGACCCUGGCCCUGUCAUUUUCAUGCCCACAUAAAUCAGGCCUCAGCUUUCUAACUUAUGAAACAAGUUGUUUUGCUUUGCCUGUAAAAUCCAUAAGUCCCCAAGAAGAAGAAGAAGAAAUGGACGAUUGCGUUCGACUCCUACUGGUAUUGUUUCCUGGCCAAGGGCACAUAAAUCCCAGCCUCCAAUUCGCCAGGCGCCUCGUCAAGAUGGGCGUCAACGUCACUUUUGUAACAUCUAUUUCCUCUCUCAAACGAGUGACGAAAUCUGUCGCCGAUACUCCACCGGGCUUGACCUUUUCCGGCUUCUCCGAUGGCUACGAUGACGGCAACGGUCACUUGUGGAACAACCACGACGAUGCUGACCGCUACAUGAAGGAGCUAAAGAUUCGGGGGUCAGAGGCCAUAGCAGAACUCAUCAAAUCAGCGGCGGAAAGAGGCCAGCCUUUCGUUCAUGUGGUCUACACCACCAUUAUGGCUUGGGUAGGCCAAGUUGCUCAUGCCCUUCAGGUGCCUUCCACUCUCCUUUGGCUCCAGCCAGCGACCAUCUUGGGUAUUUACUACUACUACUUCAAUGGCUAUGGAGAGUCCAUUGGGAAAAACGCGAACGACCCCUCGUGGUUUGUCGAAUUACCGGGACUGCCGUUGCUCACACGCGGCGACCUUCCUUCUUUUUUGCUCGCUUCGAGCACUUCUAAUUUCGCUCUUCCACUAAUUAACACGCAUUUUGACGUACUCGUUACGGAAACGAAUCCCAAAGUACUCAUAAACUCCUUCGAUGCUUUGGAGUCUGGAGCUCUAAGAGCGACCGAGAGGCUAAACUUUGUUGCUAUUGGGCCGUUAAUCCCGUCUGCUUUCUUGGAUGGAGAGGAUCCGUCUGACACUUCUUCCGGAGGAGAUCUGUUUCAACAUUCAAAAGACUAUGUUGUGUGGUUGAAUUCAAAGCCCAGUGAAUCUGUUAUUUACGUAGCAUUUGGAAGCUAUGCUUCCAUAAAGAAGCAACAAAUGGAGGAGAUUGAGCGCGGGCUGCUGGAAUGUGGAAGACCUUUCUUGUGGGUAGUACGAGCAACGGAAGACGGGAAGUUGAGUCGCAAAGAGGAACUGAAUCAACAAGGGAUGGUAGUGCCGUGGUGUUCUCAAGUGGAAGUGUUGUCACACCCGUCGGUUGGGUGUUUUGUGACUCAUUGCGGGUGGAAUUCGUCGUUGGAGAGCUUGAUUUCUGGGGUUCCGGUGGUGGCUUUUCCACAGUGGGCCGACCAAGCGACGAACGGAAAACUUAUUGAGGAUUUUUGGAAGAUGGGGAAAAGAGUGAAAACAAAUGGGGAUGGAAUUGCGGAGAGUGGUGAGAUUAAAGAGUGUAUAGAAGCUGUGGUGGGAGGAGAGGAAAUGAGAAGCAAUGCUAAAAAGUGGAAGGAUCUUGGAAGGGAAGCUGGAAAGGAAGGUGGAUCAUCCGACAAGAAUCUUAGAACUUUUGUUGAGGAUGUUAGGGCAAGUUUGGUGAAGUGAACAAUGUUCUAUGAAACUGGUCUAAAAUAAACAAUGGAAAAUGAGUUUGACCUUUACAUUUAACUUUCUUAUUCAGGCA